AUGAAGGCGGUGGAGCCUCGGUGGAGCAGGAGGCUGGCUGGCAGCGCGGGCCAGACCGGGCGGAGGGGCGCCCGGGAACCCACUGCGACGGCAGGCCAGGCUCGGGGGCAAUCGCAGCCAAGGCCAACCACUCAUGGAGGGGAGGCCGGUGGGGGACGCUGGGGGACAGACUGUGCCGGGGUGCUGACUGGCAGCGCCGACAUCUGCCACGAGGACCCCCGAGGAGGGACCGCGCCGCCGCUGCUAGCCACCGAACAAACCAAACGAGGAAACCUCAUCAUGCAGUUAGAGAUCUGGGAUCGGAGUCGUAAGACCUUCCUGCUGGAUUUGAACCGGGACUGCACCUUACAUGGGCUGCAUGUUUCGGAUGUAGGAUCGGAAAAGCUCUUCACCCCCACCACACCAAAAGGUGUGCCAGCUAAUGAGAUUCCGGAGCCCAAAAAGACCUGCAGCUCGGCCAAGGUCUCGGGGCUCCAACGCAGCCAGGAGCAAAGCAUUGGCCAGGUGCCCUUCUCCCCGCCGGCGCCCAGCCCCACCCCGGCCUCCGCGCCUACGGGCUCCCCUGCGCCCGCCGCCGCCGCCGCCGCCGCGCCCCCUCCUCCAGAGCCCCCCCGGGCCCGGCUCCCCUCGCCGCCGCCGCUCAGCGUCAAGAAGAAGGAGCUGCAGCCGCAGCAGCAGCCGCUACAGCAGCUGCUGCGACCCCCGUCGGUCCCUUCCACCCCGCCGCUGUUGAGGGCUCCACCCCACGGCCACGCCCUGCCUCACCCUCACUCUCACCCUCACCCUUCUCACGCCCACCCGGACUCCCGCCUGCUCCCGCCCUCGCAGCACCACGACCGGCGCCUCCUCGGACACCACCACCCGUUGCACCACCCUCUGCAAUACACCAGCCUUCAGGACAUCAGCCACAGAGGCAGUCCGGUGGGGCUCUCCAAGCACCACCUGCCCCCGUCCCCCCACCACCACCUCGGUGGGCUGCCCUCAGCCGCCCCCGCCCUGCCCCUGUCCAUGAGCCAACCUCUCUACCUCGCACUAUUCCUCCUUACGGAGCCCCUCACAUCGCCAUCCGGCCAUGUUCGCAAACCCUGCCCCAACUGCAACCCCCGCCAACCUUACCCACCAACAGCCUUGUCGUCCCUGGGCACCCUGCCGGCACCCCCUACCCAGGUGAGCACACACACCUGCUGGCUGGCAGCACGCUGGUUAGCAGCAUGCACUGAUAAGCGGAGAGUAGUUGGUAGCUAUAAAUAGAUCGUAGGUCUUGUGUACAAGCUAUCUCAGACGAACACCCGGUCGUGGCCACUCUCACAUUUGGAAUCGAUAAUCAGGGAUGGAAAUGCAUGCAUCGUUUAUGAAUGCAUCGCACACAAACUGACACAGCAAGUGACUGAGCAAUUUUUUCUCUCUUCAUCGAGAACUUUAUUCUCUGUAGUCUAUUUAUAUAGACACGUGACACAAAAUAUUUCAUUUCUAAUGCCUCAAGAUUGAGCUAAGCUAGCAAUACACUUUAGAAAACAAUAUCGUUUACUGAUCUUGGACGUAACAGCUUCUGCUGAUGUACUCAGAGGGAUCAUUUCAGUAUUACGAAAACAAUUACUCAACAUGUGUAGAGCCUGUGUACUAGAAAGGUAUACUCAUUGUAAUGUCUUAUAUAAUGCAUGGUUAAUGUUAUUAUUGUUUGUGCACUCCCAUAAUGAUUUUUCCCAUAUAUUGAACAUGUUUACGUUUGAAAGGAAUAUACAGUAUUAUCAUAAGAGCCUUUCUUUGUUUGUGCUCUGAUGCAUAUUCAUAUUUGUAACAAAAUGGUAGGAUAUGCCAUACUUUUAUGUUUAUGUUUAACAAAACCUUAUGCGCACUAAAUGCACAUGCUCCCUCAACACUUAGCACUAAUAUGCUUAUGAAAGCUG